GCGUCAGCAGCAGAAGCAGCAGCAGCAGCAGCAGCGCCGCCGCCACCGCUGCUCUGCGUUUCCGCCUUGGCUGAGCGGCGCGCACGGCUCACAAAGUAGGGGAGGGGAGGGCAGCCUGAGCCUGAGCCGAGAGGAAGAGAGCGGAGCCACCAAGACGCAGUGUGGCACAGCACGGACUCCGAGUGAAUUACACCGACGCACCAACAUCCCCAGCAGCGCGUCUCCGAAAUUUCGCGUCAAGGAGCGCGGGAGCCCCCAGUGGAGCAGAGUGCACCUGAGCCUUCCAUCAUGGAGACUGCGAUAGAAAGCCAGCACUAAAAUUCUGAAAAUGAAGAAGUUCAACAUCAGGAAGGUGCUGGACGGUUUGAAAGAGGUCUCCUCCUCCGCCCCGUCGGUCCAAGUGGGACCACAGGAGAACCAUCUGAUCCAGGAGACCCUCCAGUCCGACCAUUUCCAGCUCUGCAAGACUGUCCGUCAUGGGUUCCCCUAUCAGCCGUCGGCCAUGGCUUUUGACCCUGUGCAGAAGAUACUGGCCAUCGGCACCCAGAGUGGAGCUCUCAGAUUGUUUGGUCGUCCAGGUGUGGAGUGCUACUGUCAGCACGAGAGUGGAGCUGCUGUUAUCCAGCUACAGUUUCUCAUCAAUGAGGGUGCACUGGUGAGCGCUUUGGCCGAUGACACCGUCCAUUUGUGGAACCUGAGGCAGAAGAGACCAGCCAUCCUUCACUCCCUUAAGUUCAACAGAGAGAGAAUAACUUACUGCCACCUGCCCUUCCAGAGUAAGUGGUUGUACAUUGGCACAGAACGAGGGAACAUCCACCUAGUCAACGUGGAGUCCUUUAUGCUCUCAGGCUACGUCAUCAUGUGGAACAAAGCCAUUGAACUGUCCUCUAAGGCUCACCCUGGUCCAGUUGUCCAUAUAAGUGACAACCCCAUGGAUGAGGGCAAGCUCAUAAUUGGAUUUGAGUCUGGGAUUGUGGUCCUGUGGGAUUUGAAAUCAAAGAAGGCCGACUAUCGCUACACUUACGAUGAGGCGAUCCACUCGGUUGCUUGGCAUCACGAGGGCAAGCAGUUCAUUUGCAGUCACUCAGAUGGAACUCUGACCAUAUGGAACAUCAGAGGCCAGGGCAAACCCAUACAGACAAUCACCCCACAUGGAAAACAGCCCAAGGAUGGGAAAAAGCCAGAGCCUUGUAAACCCAUUCUUAAAGUGGAAUAUAAAACCACCAGAAUUGGGGAUCCCUUCAUAAUCCUGUCUGGUGGUCUGUCCUAUGACACGGUGGGCCGGCGGCCUUGUCUGACGGUGAUGCAUGGAAAGAGUACAGCUGUGCUGGAGAUGGACUACCCCAUCGUAGAUUUCCUCACACUGUGUGAGACACCAUAUCCUAAUGAUUUUCAGGAACCUUAUGCUGUUGUCGUCCUUCUGGAAAAGGAUUUAGUGGUGAUCGACCUUGCACAAAAUGGCUAUCCCAUAUUCGAAAACCCGUACCCUCUGACCAUCCACGAGUCUCCUGUGACCUGCUGUGAGUACUUUGCCGACUGCCCUGUGGACCUCAUACCUGCACUUUACUCUGUUGGCUCGCGGCAGAAACGACAGGGCUACAGCAAAAAGGAAUGGCCUAUUAGUGGUGGAAACUGGGGUCAAGGCACACAAAGCUACCCAGAGAUCAUCAUCACUGGGCAUGCUGAUGGAACUGUGAAGUUCUGGGAUGCCUCUGCAAUAAUGCUUCAGGUGCUCUAUAAGCUUAAAACCGCCAAGGUGUUUGACAGAAACCGGUCCAAGGAGGACAAGGGCAACGCGGACGUGUCAGACGAGGACCCCUUUGCCAUUCAGAUUAUGGCCUGGUGCCCUGAGAGCCGGAUGCUCUGCGUGGCCGGGGUGUCAGCCAACGUUAUCAUCUACCGCUUCAGCAAGCUGGAAGUAACUACUGAGGUGGUGCAGCUAUUAGAGGUGCGAAUGCAGUACGAGCUGAAUGACAUGGAGUCUCCAGAUGGUGGGGGCGGAGGAGGAGAACAGACUGCAGCGCUUCCAACACCCGGUGCCUCGCCUCAGACGAGCGGCCCACCUUCACACCCCUCCACCAGCAGCAACAACUCUGACGGAGGCAACAUGCCCUGCCUCAAAGUGCGCAGUACUCCUCUGAAGCAGUCUCCAGGUUACCAGGUAGAUUUGGUGGUUCAGUUGGUGUGGGUGAGUGGAGAGCCUCCUCAGCCCAUCACGAGUCUGGCACUCAACUCCUCCUGUGGCUUAGUGGUGUUUGGCAACAGUAACGGUCUGGCAGUGGUGGACUACAUCCAGAAGACGGUCGUGCUAAACUUGGGGACGGUCGAGCUUUACGGCUCCAAUGACCCCUACCAGAGACAGCCGCGGUCGCCAAGGAAGACAAGACAGCCUUCCGGAGGCCUGUGCGACAUCAACGAGGGCUCGGCGACGUCAGAAGACCGAUGCAAGUCCCCCACUUCAGUGUUGACGUCAAACAGCAAUCUACAGCAGUUCUACAAUGGAGGAGGUAGAGGAGCAAAGAUGUCACGGAAAUUAAGCUUGCCUACUGAGCUAAAGCCAGACUUGGUCCUCCUGUCUGUAUGCCCGCCGCGGGGUGCCAACCCAUUAGACCACCGGGACAACUCCUUUAGCCGCUCUCGCUCCUCCAGCGUCACCAGCAUCGAUAAGGAAGCCCGCGAGGCCAUCAGCUCCUUCCACUUCUGCGAGACCUUCGCCCGUAAGGGGGACAGCACUUUGACGCAAUGCCUGUAUGUGGGCACCUCCCUGGGAACUGUGCUCGCUCUGGCGCUUACAUUGCCACCUGCGGGGGAGCAACGGCAAUUGCAGCCAGUCAUCAUUUCACCUACGGGCAUGUUGGUACGACUGAAGGGCAGCAUUAUGCGAAUGGCUGUCCUGGACUCCACAGGGUCCCAGCUGCCCCCCACCUUCGAGUCUUGGUACGAGCCCAAUAUCUCGGCAGACGGCGAAGAAAGAGAGAAGGUGCGAAAGCGCCGGCCCGUCUCCGUGUCCCCUUCCACGUCGCAGGACCUCAACGAGAGCCAGUACGCCGUGGUGUGUUCGGAGAAACAGGCCAAAGUCAUCGCCCUCCCCUCCCAGAACUGCAUCUACAAACACAGCAUCACAGAGACCUCGUUCAUCUUACGAGCAGAUGUGGUGCAGAUGAGCCAAGGCAUGUGCGUGGCUUGUUUCUGUGCCAACGGUCACAUCAUGACCCUCAGUUUACCAGGACUGAGACCGCUUAUGGAUGUAAACUACCUGCCUUUGACGGACAUGCGGAUAGCCAGGACAUUUUGUUUCACAAACCUAGGUCAGGCCAUGUACCUCUGCUCCCCGACGGAGGUCCAGAGGAUCACAUACAGCCAGGACACCUGUGAAAACCUACAAGAGAUGCUCGGAGAACUCUUUACACCAGUAGAAACACCAGAGGCACCAAACAGAGGGUUCUUCAAAGGUCUUUUUGGAGGUGGAGCACAGUCACUGGACAGAGAGGAGCUAUUUGGAGAGAUCGCAUCUGGAAAGGCAUCUCGAAGCCUGGCUCAGCACAUCCCAGGCCCGGGUGGCAUCGAGGGCAUGAAGGGGGCAGCGUCUGGUGUGGUUGGAGACCUGGCACGUGCCCGAAUAGCACUGGAUGAGAGAGGCCAGAAGCUGGGCGAGCUGGAGGAGAGGACAGCUGGCAUGAUGGCCAGCGCGGAUUCCUUCUCCAAACACGCCCAUGAGAUGAUGCUGAAGUGCAAGGACAAAAAAUGGUACCAGUUCUGAUUAGUGGCAGACAGGAGCAGAGCUCCAUGGACAAGGCUUUCACCUUCCAUCGGCUCAUUUUGGACUCACCGUGACCCUCUCUCCACCUGUUCUGUCUGUCCACACGCCCAUCCUUCCAAACCUUCUUCUCUGAGACACUUGGGAUUUUCUUCCCCAGCACAAUGAUGAUUACUGUUCUUACCUCAGUCUUAAGGUGGAACUAAGGGGGAAGACGGAGGAGAAGGACACCCUCAGAGGGGUCGGAUAAAUGGUGUCUUUUUUUUAUGUUCUUGUCUGCCUCUCCUCUGAAGGCACGCACCUGGAGAUACUUCACUCUCAUUUGCCAAAAGCAUCCUUCACCAUUCUCCUCCACUCGGAGCCUGUGGUGGGCACAGUAUUCAAAGCGGCAAACACGACUGAAAAAGGACAAAAAAAGACCUAAAGAAAACUAUAAAAAAAAAUCCUAAAUGUGUAAAAAAAAGAAAAGAAAGGAGGAAAAAGAAUUGAAAUACAUCAUUAUAUAUACAUAAAUCUAAUAAAUGUGCAAUGCUGUAUCCACUUCCAAGUACAAAAGAACGGGGGACAACUCAUCGAGGAGACCGGAGCGGGAUGGGAGGCCGAAGGAGGCGGCAACGGAGAUCCACAGGAAGUGCUACGACAGCGACGCCUCCUCUAUGCAGAGUGUUGCAGGGAUAAAAGCAACUUAUUCUGAUGUACACUGGAUUAUCUCAUCAUCUCACUCAACCUCUAGACUCUCCUCUGUCUUACAACCGUUCAUAACGUUUCCAACAGUGCGUAUGUAUGUGUGUGUGUGUGUCUGUGUCCGUCCAUUUCUAUUUGUUAUCUGUUGGGUUUUUUGCUCCAUGUGUAUUAUUGGAAAAUCUUUUAUUUUUCUAUCGUUGUGAAAGUGGAUGAUAUUUGAUUUGUUGGAAGAAAAAAAACCCAGUUUUUGUGGCUUUUGUCUAUUUCAGAUUAAUUUCUCCUAAUGAAAAGGGCUGGAAUCUAAAGGGAGGGCAAGGAUAUAAAAGGCAUAUAUGUCAUUUUAGUUUUCACUGACAUGGCAAGUAGAUAUAAACCUUUACAUUUACAUUUACGUGACAUUUAUCAUUCACCUGAGGAUUCGAACGACCUGAUGUCAACUCACCCUCUAAAGAGCGUCAUGAGCGUCCACGGUUUGGCUUGGUCUGUGUGAGUGUUGCCAGAUUUGUUUGUUUUCAAAUUCUGGAUUCUGGUGAUGAAAAAAUACACCCGAGCAGAGAUCCUAUUUUGUAUGUAUUCAUAUAUGCAGGACAAUAGAGAAACAUGGACGUGUGAUCCGUGUGAGACAUAAUUUCACUUUCAGUUGUGUGUGUGUGUGUGUGUGUGUGAUCUCUUUGUUAAUAUUUAUUUAUUGAGGCGCAGGGGACAGUUGUGUUUGGUGUCAGAAAUGUUCACCCUCAUCGACAUCUUAUUUCCACAUGCAUCCUCCAUGUUUGCAGUGAAGCUCAGACGUGGUGUGACUCUCUGUGUCUGCCAGGCUUUUAACCUUUAUUUGUAUAUAAGUAAAUAGUUUGACAAUCUAAGACCAACUGGAAAGUAAAUGUCACGGUUGCAGGUGCAACAUAAGAGGAGAGAGGCCAUAUUUUUUCUGACGCCAAAGAGUUGCUUUAGCUUUUCCAUCGCACUUUCAUUUGGCCCGCCACACUGCGAGUGCGUCGCACCAGACAUACUGUGUGUAACUCCGCAUGGCUUCACCGAUGGAGUGCUGACCCACUGUAGGAAUACUAUCAUUUCGUCGCCCCCUUCAGGAUUCAAGAAACGGAGCAAGUUGCAAUGGAACUCAGCCAUUUAUUGUAAUAUUGUAUAACGCUAUAUCAUAAAAAAUAUAAGACUUGGGGACAAAUGUUUAAUGUUUUAAAGUGGCCUAACUGUUGGUUUGACAAGGCUGAUUUUUCGACACAAGAACCUGAACCAUUCCAUGACAGCUCAGACACAACAAUGUUUAUAGUGUUCAUCCGUGUGUGUGUGUGCGUGCGUGCGUAUGUGCAUAAUGUGUGAAUGUGUGCGUUUCUGUCCGUCUGUGUUAGGGUUGUGUUCAUGUGAAUUAAGCACAUUUAUUUAAAGAGAUAUUUUGGUUGUUAAAUAAUUGAUGUUGGUGUCCUAGUCUCCCUCCGGUCAGCAGUCAGUUGUGUCCAUUUGUGUGUCUGUUACACUGACUGAAGCCACCAAUGAUGAUUUCAAAACAAAAAAAAAAACAAAAAAAGGAACAAUAGUAUAGUUUGUAUUAGAUGAUGACCUCUGAUGACCUCUGAAUUCUGGUUUAAUUUUCACUGCUUCGGCUCCCCUUUAAUUUUGACCUCUCUUUUCUUCUGACGAGUCCUCCUUCAGUUUCACGGCCUUUUGUGUUUAGUAACCGUCGUCGUGUGAAUGUUGGUAGAUAGAGCUGUCUUUUAACACAUGGAGAAAAAGAGGCAAAACAAUUAUUCAGGAAAAUUAGCUAGGUUUAUCUAGAGGUCAUCCUUGAAAACCCAUACAGAGUCUUUCCCUCCGACCCAACUGUUACGUGUUUCUGUUGUUUUUCUUUUCCUUUCCAGUGUUAUUCUUGUUUUUCAUGCGUGGGUGAUUCGUUUCUCGUCCGUACACUGCAUUGCGUGGUACUCUUGCCCAAUACAAUACGAUCCACACACUCAAAACAACAAGAGGGAGUCCUGUCAAUCUGCCAUAAUGCUGUCUUCUGUCCUGGAUUCAACUGUUAUCAGUGAGUUGCAGUAUUUUUCUCAUUGUAGCCAAUUUUUCUUGUACAGUUUUAUGCAACUUUCACAUGGAUGUUUAUGACUUUAUCUGCUGCCACAAAAUUUAGAAAUUCUGUAGAUAGAGAUUACUGUGCAAUGGAAAAUAAAAGUGGAAAAUGUAAA